AUGUUGCGCCUUCUCACUCCCAGAACGGCCUCUGCCGUGUCUCCAUUGGCCCGCUUGUCCAUCUCUGCCGCCAGAAACAGCAGCAUCAUCUCUGUCCACAGAGACAUCAAGGAAGACAACCAACAGCUUCCCUUUGAGUUCAACGCAGAGAACUUGAAGCGUGCCAAGGAAGUCAUUGCCAAAUACCCCCCACAAUACAAGAAGGGUGCCUGUAUGCCGUUGUUGGACUUGGGCCAGCGUCAGUUGGGCUUCACCUCCAUCUCCGUCAUGAACUACGUCGCCAAGAUGUUGGACAUGCCUCCCAUGCGUGUCUACGAGGUGGCCACCUUCUACACCAUGUACAUGAGACAGCCAAUGGGCAAAUAUAACUUGCAGGUGUGUACCACCACGCCCUGUCAGUUGUGUGGCUCGGACGAGAUCAUGAAGGCCGUCACCGACUUCUUGAAGAUCAAGCCUGGUCAAACCACUCCCGACAAGCUCUUCACCUUGCAAGAGGUGGAGUGUUUAGGUGCCUGUGUCAAUGCUCCUAUGAUGGCCGUUGGCGACGACUUCCACGAGGACUUGACCGCUGAGAAGACCGUCGAGAUCUUGAAGACCUUGAAGGCCGGCAAGCCCUUGGACAAGAUCGGCCCUGUUUCUGGUAGACACUCCUGUGAGCCACACAGCGGUAGAAAGGUCUUGAAGGCCGCCGAGCCUCACGACAUCCUGAAGGUUACUAGAGCCGACUUGUAA